CAAAAAAAUUGAUUUACAUAAUUCAAAAUUUAAUUUUCGCUAGUAGAUAACAAGAUGUAUUGGAUAUAACAAUUUAAACUAUGACAAGGUAGACUGAAUUGGAUUUUCUACCAUAUAUUAUUUAAAAAAAAUAUGCAUUGAGUGAAUUUUGAAUAAUUAAAUUGUUGAUUAUAGUAAAUAAUUAGUAAGAUAAGUAAAUGAGCAACGUUCAUAAAAAAAGAGUCUGAUUCCUUAUAAAUCUCCACGUUUUAUUCCCAUUCCAUUUAUGCUUCACAAAUCACAAAUAAUAACUGCUAUACCUUGUAACUCCCGUGUGUUUUAAUGCCUUAAUAUUUCCUCUCUUUCAAAUUUCAAUUUUUCUCUAUUCCCUCUCUCUCCUCUCUCCCACUCUCUCUCUCUAGAAAAACACACAAAAACUAGAUACAGUACAGAAACAACUGCCGACUAAUUAAAGAAAAGAUGAGCUCAGCCUGCACAGUACCGAGGCUUGUCCGAUGCAGAGUAAGAGACUUAGCAUCGUGUUUCUUCGCUUGCCGCUUACCUUUAGAGGAAGAACCGGAGACGUCGCGCAGUAAAGGGUCGACAAAAGGAAGGAUACUUGACGAGUCUAUAGGCCGUCACAAGAAGAAGAGUACUAUUCGAGACGAGAUUUCCAUUGUUGCCAACAAAAGUUGCAAAGAAGAAGAAAAUGAUGAUGUAAUUAUUAGAGGAGAAUCAAUACUUCAAAGUUCGUCGCAAAACGAUACUGCGAUUAAAUCGGAAGAUGGAUCGACGGCCGAGCCACGAUUUGCGGAGGAAGACUACAUUGUAUUCUGCUUCAGAGAUGAUGGAGAAAUCCACAUGGUAAAUGAAGCUCAUGCCGCCACGUCAUCGUCGUCAUCGCCACUUGAUAAUGACGAUGAUAAUCAACAUGCAAACACAACGACCGCUGCAUCUAAUUCCUUGAGGACUAUCAUGAUUACGAAGGGUGAGUGGCCACCUAAUGAAGACGAAGAUGAAGAUGAAAAUGAAGAAAUAAAAGAGAUGAAGAAGAAAAAGAAUAGUAGUAAUGUUGAUGAAGAGCAGCCAAAUGGAAGCAAAAUGGAGUCUUUUGAGUCUUGUGAUUCUAAUCUAUCUGAUACAAGCACUACCUCUUUUGCAUUCCCAGUAUUGGGUAUUGAAUGGAUAGGCAGCCCCGUUCACAUGCCCAGAUCGGAAAAGCACGACGGCCCCCAAAGUGUGCGCCUUCACUGUUGUCGAUUCUAAUUAUAUUAUAUUGUUACUUUCUAUAUUCUCAUAUAUAUGUAGAUACGACCGAGAGAGCUUCAAUUAAAGCUCGUGUGACUUUCUUUUUACAACCCAGAUAUCCAGAUGUUGUUUGAUUGAUUGUUCUUCUCCGUUCGUAUAUGGUGGGAAAAUUAAGGAGCACGCAGUCGUAAUUUAUACAAGCCUAAUUAAAGCGGACAUUCGAUCGAUAGGGGAAGAUGUGUAGAGGAAGUGUUUAUGAGAUUGCUUUAUUUUUCUAGUUUAGGAUUAUGCGAUUCACAUACAAUCCAAAAACCAUUUUGAU